CAAUGAAAAUAGCCACCAUGUGUUUUGGUCAUGUGACCACGCUACGUGCUCAACCCGACGUGCGUGACGUCGGGUUGUAGGCUUCGCCAGUUUCCUCAAACCAAACACUGAACUGAUAAUUGUGUGAUAAAAAAAAACUGGAAGUCAGCCGGUGGACGAGGGGUUUAUUUAUUCUUUAAAAAAAAACACACGAACCGAGCGGCCCUCGUCGUUGUAAACAAACUUAGUCGUUUGUGGCCUGAAAGUGGUCCUGUUAGUGAGGAAGACGGCGAGGGAACAAAACAAUCACCAAACCCCACCAAAGGUUUGCUUUUUAUUUUUGCUGUGGCUGUCGAAAGGCGGGGAAUACAAAGCGACUUGUGGUCAAAUACAUUACAUUUUGGACUCAUUCAAGCAAAAACGGGAUUACUACAAAGCCAGUCGGUGCUGCUGUGCCUGGUCAGCCGUAGUACAUGGAUUAUCUGUGUUUCCGGGCACUGUGCUGUAAAGGACCUCCACCACCAAGACCAGAGUAUGAUGUGGUGUGCAUUGGCCUGACAGGUGCUGGAAAGACCAGCCUGCUCUCACGCCUAUGUAGUGAGGGCAGCGACGGCAUCGUACCUACAACAGGUUUCAGCAUCAAAGCAGUGCCCUUUCCAAAUGCCAUCUUGAAUGUAAAAGAACUUGGAGGAGCUGACAAUAUCAAGAAAUAUUGGAGUCGUUACUACCAGGGAUCACAGGGUGUAGUCUUUGUAUUGGACAGCGCUUCAUCAGAUGAGGACCUUGAGGCAGCACGUAACGAGCUCCACUCAGCCCUGCAGCACCCACAGCUCUGUACACUACCUUUCCUCAUCCUCGCCAACCACCAGGACAAGCCUGCUGCAAGGACACCAAACCAGGUCAAGAAGUACUUUGAGCUGGAGCCACUUGCUAGAGGGAAGCGGUGGAUCCUGGAGGGCAGCACUGCUGACAACAUGGAGGCAGUGAAGGAGAUCUUUGGUCAAUUCAUUAGCCUGUUGGAGGACAAAGACACAGAGCCUGCAAGGAUAUGAUGCUAACGCUGCUAAUGCUAAAGAGACAUCAGCGGCUGACGACGAAGAAACGCCACAUCCUGCUGGUGCCCAUGUACACACACUCAUGCACAGACACAAACACACGAGAAAAUACCGCAGCUGUUGUCCUCUCUCUUUGAGAAGUGUGUUGUCAUUGUAUGUUAUCCUCCCUUCACUGCACACGCUCUCGUUUUUCAAAAUUGUAAGAGUGUGCACAAGCAACGGUCAGCCACUACAACCUGACAGAGGAGAGCUGCCAUUAAACCCACCUGAUGUAACGCAGAUUGUCAAGAAAAAUCAUCGAACUUUGCCAGAAAUGGAAAUCUUGUUUACUACUGUCUGUGCCAUUGUGAUUAAAUCAGUGGCAUGUGGGACAUUUGGCAUUCCUUCAGUCAUGAUUGGACACUAACACACACACACACACACACACACACACACACAAAGUGGAGCCCAGGUUGUCUGUAGAUAUGUUUAACAUCUCUAGUAAUUACUUUACAGGAUGUUUGGGUGGGCACUGUUGAUGUUCUUUCUGAGAAGUACUGUAUGACUGUCAAGUGUGCUUCUCCUUUUGACUCGGUAACAACAAAUGUCGUUGUGUGAUUGAAGUGCUUAGUCCAAAGCCUUGUGUUAUGUACGGUAGUUACAUAUCGGUGUGUCACACCGUGUCUGAAUAUCUAAUCUGAAUAGUAUAGUCUGAGUAUCUCCAUGGAGUAUUAUGUACAUGCAAACAAGCAUACUGCUGUGUACCCUCCUGUGCAGCCAUACACAAGUACUACUAAUCCUGUGACUUAGUGCUAUGUGAUUUUAUGGAGAUGUGAGUCCGUUUGGAGAAAGUGGGAACAAGUCUGAAUGCUUUUAUAAAUGUGCAACUUAGGAUAUAUUUUAUAGCUCUGUAUGUUAACUCGUAGAGCUCCGUUCAGAUUUUUUAUAUAUCAUACCACACUUAUGAAUUCUUUCAAAUCAAAGACCAAAAAAUCAAAAAAACAAAAAAACACAACCGCGAUGAUUGACCAGGCUGGAUGUAGCCACAAGAUAGAGAAAUGUGAUGGAUUUAGUUUUAUUUCAGUGUUAAGUAAAUGUCUUUUUUUUGUUUGUUUGUUUUUCUACAUUUCUUUUUUCUGUUGACAUAAUCUCAACGCUGGCAAGCGACUCCAGCCUCCCAUCAGGGUGGAAUACAAACUCUAUCAAUCAGCUGCAGCAACAGCUGCAUCUGACAAGUCCCUGUCCGACACCCUAAUGCCUUCCAACUGUCUGUGAAGACCCCUCCCUGUCUGCUGUUUAUCGCAGACCCCCACCCCACCUCAUCCAGCCAGUCCCAACCAACACUGCCCCUCCACUCCAGCUACACUCCCUGUCCUCAUUACUGCAUGAAGUUUUUAUCCCACAUCCCAUCUUUCAAGCCCGGCUGGCCUUGUGUGGACUCCACACACCUCUAAAACAAGUCAUACUGAUUGUGCCACAGGUGUGUCGUCAUCCUCGAGACGUGUUUUCCAGUAAUGUACAAUGUUCACACCUCCUGUCUUGUUUUGUUCAGCAUAUUGCCAGAUUUUCUUUAGAGGUUUAAUCACUUUUGUAUCUGAUGUGAGAUCUGCCAGGUAGUUUUUUACAAUCUGGAUGAACAGAAGCAUUCAGUGUCUUGAAUGCAAACUAAGUCCAUCAGCUACAAAUUAUACCAAUGUUUUUGCAUAUCAUCUCCUCGCACAUAGGUUUUUGAAACAUUCACUGCAGCCUGUUUUUUUUUUCUUUAUGUAUUUUUGUUUUGUUUUUUUGUUUUUCAAUUAUGUGCAUUGUUUAAAAUGGCAAUUAAAGUUAUAAAAAU